UGCAGUUAGACGUCAUCAUACCACGACUCACUGCCUACGUCAUCACUCAGCGACGUACCUUUUAUUUUGUAAACACUUUGCGAGCUGAAGACUGGAGUGAGGAAACUGAUGGAUAGUCUUGUGAAGGUGCACGGAGGUGGCGGCUAUGACUCGGACUUCAGCGAUGAUGAUGGUCAGCAAGAGGACCCAGAGAGAGCCCUUAAAAGGAAACACGAAGAAGAAAUCUUACAGAAGCCGUUCCAGAAAGGUCGGCACUCCCAGAAAGCUCACCGGAGUUUACACUCAAAUGAAGUGGACAGAGAGGAGGCCAGGAACAGAAGAGCCCACAUCAUAUCAUUAAAUGCUUUUGAGCGACAUAAGAAGUUUGUCGGUGACUACAUACUUUAUUAUGGAGGACAUUUGGCCGACUUCAGGCGCUCUGCAGACAAAGACAAAACCGAUCUGGAUGUGCUGCGUGAGAAUCACCGCUUCCUCUGGAGGGACGAGGACGAGGAGGACAUGACAUGGGAAAAAGAACUUGCCAAGCGGUAUUACGACAAGCUGUUUAAAGAGUACUGCAUCGCCGACCUCAGCAGAUACAAGGAAAACAAGUUUGGAUUCCGUUGGCGGACUGAGGAUGAAGUGGUUUCUGGCAACGGUCAGUUUGAGUGUGGAAACAAACGCUGCGAGACCCAGGAAGGCCUCAAGAGCUGGGAGGUGAAUUUUGCCUACGUGGAACACGGCGAGAAGAAAAACGCACUGGUCAAACUCCGAUUAUGUCCCGAAUGCUCCUUCAAACUCAAUUACCACCACAAGAGGAAGGAGGUGAAAGCAAAGACUAAACGGCCAUCGGAGGAGAACCAGGAGGCACCACAGAAGACAAAGAAGGAGAAGGAGAAGAAGAGGAAGAGGAAGAGAUCGUCCUCGCACUCCAAAAAGCAGCGACACAAGAGAGACAGAAAUCCCUCCGCCUCUUCUGACAACUCAGAGGAGUCGAAGGACUCGGACAAAGACUCUGAAGCAGGUGCUGAACCAAAGAGCCAAUCAGAAGGCGACCACUGGCGAGGACCCGCCCCUGCGGUGGAGGAGAAGUCAAGGGAGGAGGAGUUUGAUGAAUACUUCCAAGACAUGUUUCUGUGAGGACACGCAGACAUCGAGCGUGUUUCGUAUCCAAUCUUGUGUAGCUGUUGGUUUAUGUGAUUGUAUGUUUUGGGACCGCUGCGGGAAAAUAAAACUGCACGCGCACUUGA